UCAAAACAAAAAGAAAAAGACUGACUUGACCUGUGUCUCUCUCAGAAGCAAAAGCUCUCUCUUCGUUGCUUCUCUCAACAGAUCCCACCCAAAAUACGAUUGCUUCUUCUCUUACCUGUUCUACUGUUCAAAUCGAAACCCAGUUACCCAGCACCAGCAGCCAGCAGCCAGCAGCCUUGCAGUUGUAGACGACGUAGCCAACACAGUUGCAGACGCCGGUCCACGAUUAAACUUUGGUUUUCUGGUUUUCCAUUUGUCUUUGAACAAUGAUGGAGCAUUCACGUACUAUUCGUCAUUUGGUUUUGUUGAAAUUCAUGCCUGGCUUCUUUCUCUUAGUCUUAUACAUGAUGAGCACAUGUCCGGAAUCUGCAGCAUUUCCCAGCCCUACCCUGCUUGGAAACGAGUCUGAUCGCUUGGCUUUGCUAGACUUCAAGAAAAGAAUAACUGAAGAUCCUCUCAGUGUCAUGAGCUCGUGGAAUCAUUCCAUCCACUUCUGCAGUUGGGUGGGCAUUACAUGCCACCGUGCCACUCAAAGAGUCUUGAUUCUGGACCUGGAAGAUAAACAAUUGGUAGGCUCCAUCCCACCUUCCAUUGGGAAUCUUACUCGUCUAAUUGAAAUAAGCUUGGGAAGCAACAAGUUUCAUGGUGAAAUUCCUCAAGAAUUGGGUCGUCUACGUACCCUGGAAAGUCUCAACCUGUCUAUCAAUUCUUUAGGCGGGAAAAUUCCGACUAAUAUGUCUCACUGUACACAACUGAGAGUUUUCGAUCUUGCUUCCAAUAAGAUUAUUGGGUCGAUUCCACACCAACUCAGUUCAUGGUUGAGUUUAACUGUUCUACAUCUUAGAAGUAAUAAUCUCAGUGGAACCAUCCCAGGUUGGAUAGGAAACUUUUCUUCAUUGUGGAGUCUUAGACUUGGCCGCAACAAUUUUCAAGGAAGCAUACCAAAUGAGCUCGGGCAUAUAACAACCUUGAAGAUAUUCGCAGUUGGGGAGAAUAAUUUGUCUGGUAUGCUCCCUUCUUCAAUUUAUAAUAUUUCUUCCAUAUACAAGUUCAGUGUUCCUAUGAACCAAUUACAUGGAGAGCUACCACCAAAUCUCGGCAUCUUGCUUCCUAAUCUCGUAGUAUUUUUAUGUGAUAUAAACAAUUUCACAGGAAAUAUUCCUGUAUCAUUGUCAAAUGCUUCUAGACUUCAGGAGAUUGAUUUUGCUAUAAAUGACUUCACGGGGACAAUCCCUGGAGAAAGUCUCGGAAGCUUGCGAAGCGUAAUUUGGCUAAACUUUUUUGACAAUCGACUGGGAAAUGGAAAUCUUGGUGAUAUGAGUUUUCUCAAUUUCUUGACUAAUUGUACUAGUCUUCAAUAUCUGGGUCUUAACUAUAAUCAUUUUGGAGGAGAAAUCCCGAGAUCCAUAGCCAACCUUUCGACCCAACUACAAUUUCUUUAUCUCGGGGUUAAUUUGUUACACGGAAGCCUCCCAAACGGCAUUGGAAAUCUUAUAAACCUUACUGAGCUAGCUGCGGAUUUUAACUAUUUGGCGGGUGUUGUCCCAGAAGAAAUUGGAAAACUCGAGAAGAUAAAGCUACUGUAUUUAAAUGAUAAUAAAUUUUCCGGGCCAAUUCCAUCUUCCCUGGGUAAUAUGACUUCAUUGAUAGAGCUCCACAUGGAGAGAAACAGUUUUGAGGGAAGUCUACCUCCAAGUCUUGGAAAGUGUCAAAACCUGUUACUACUUUCACUUUAUGACAACAAUCUAACGGGCACCAUACCUAAAAAGCUUAUGGAGCUUUCAACCCUUUCAAUUUCUUUGGACCUGUCUGAAAAUUAUUUGACUGGUUCACUGCCAAGUGAAGUGGGUAAUUUGGUGCAUCUCACAAUGCUAAAUGUAUCAAACAACAAGUUAUCAAGUGCAAUUCCCAGCACCCUUGGCAGUUGUACUAGUUUGGAGGGCCUGUACUUGGACGCCAACAAAUUUGAAGGAACAAUUCCUCAGUCUUUUAAAGAUUUAAAGGGCUUGGAAAAACUUGACAUUUCAAGCAAUAACUUAUCAGGGCAGAUUCCUAAAUUCAUAGGCAAGCUUGGAGCACUUAAGUAUCUCAAUCUUUCGUAUAAUGAUUUUGAAGGCGAGUUGCCUAAAGAAGGAAUUUUUUCAAAUGUCAGUGGUGUCUCAGUUCUUGGAAAUCAUAGGCUUUGCGGUGGCAUCCCACAAUUACAUCUACCUACAUGCCCCAAAAAUAAACACCAUUCAUCUCGAGGACUACUUUCCCCAAAAGUGGUCAUCCCUAUAUCUUGUUCACUUGCAUUCAUAAUUGCUCUAUCAUGCUUCUUCGGUGCUCGUUCAAUGCUGAAAAAGUCAAGAGAUGGACUUGUAACUUCACGUUCUUAUAAGGAUUGGAAAUUAGGUGUUUCCUACUCACAACUUGUUGAAUCAACUAACGGUUUCUCUAUGGAUAAUUUGAUUGGUUCGGGAAGUUUUGGUUCUGUUUAUAAAGGGGUAAUUCCUAGCGAUGGAACGGUAGUUGCUGUUAAGGUAUUAAACCUUCAACAACGAGGAGCAUCCAAGAGUUUCAAUGAUGAAUGCAAAGCUUUAAGAAGUGUCAGGCACCGAAAUCUUCUUAAGAUUAUAACUGCAUGCUCGAGCAUUGAUAAUCAUGGUAGAGACUUCAAAAGUCUAGUCUUCGAGUUCAUGCCAAAUGGAAGUCUUGACUCGUGGUUGCAUCCUAGAGAUGAGGAGCAAUCUCCCAGUAAGAGAUUGAAUUUUAUGCAAAGAUUGAACAUAGCCAUUGAUGCUUCUGCGUUAGAUUAUCUCCACAACCAUUGUGAAACGUCCAUUGUUCAUUGUGAUCUAAAGCCGAGCAAUGUACUUCUUGAUGAAGACAUGGUAGCCCAUGAUGGGGACUUUGGUUUAGCAAGGUUCCUCCUCGAAGCAUCAAAUGAUCAUUCCCUCACCCAAACAAUGUCAUCGCAACUAAAGGGUUCUGUAGGUUACAUUCCUCCAGAGUACGGCUUGGGAGGCCAAGUUUCCAUACUGGGAGAUGUUUAUAGCUACGGGAUACUCUUGCUAGAAAUGUUCACAGGAAAAACACCUACUGAUGACAUGUUCAUCGAAGGUCUAAGCAUUUACAAAUUCGCAGCCAUGGCUUUGCCCGACCAUGUCAUGGACGUUGUUGACCCUGCAUUGCUCCUCGACCUCGAAGCUGAUGGUAGUGUUAACGAUGGAAAAUACGAAAGGAUUAGGCUGCCCAGACGUAACAAUCGCGGAGUGGUGAAAGCAAAAAAGGUAGAGGAAUGCUUGUUUGCUGUGAUGCAGAUAGGACUCUCCUGCUGUGUAGGAUCACCAAGGGAGCGGAUGCUUCUGAAUAUGGUUGUCGGAAAAAUGAAUGCAAUUAGAGACUCGUACCUCAAUGUUCAAGAAGGCUAAAAAAGGACAAAGAUAUGCUGCUUGUGGUUUUUCUUUUCUUGUUUUUCUCUACUAUUCAUUCCAUUGCCUUGAACCUUGCCUCUUUUAUGUUAGCGGUUGUUUUAAACGGACAAAGUUUUCAUUUGUAUGACUUGAAGCUUUCAAAUUCUUGUUUGUGUGGAGCUAUUUGUAAUUGUCUUGGUUAUGUCAAUCCUGUUUAGAAUCUAUAAACUCAAUGCUUAAGUAGUUUAGAACAUUUCAGUCUCAUAUUUCUUCCCAGAUGGUUGCAUGUGCUACACAAGUUUUGUUGGAAAAUUUUCUUUUGUAGCAUGUGGGUUAUGGUUGUGAUGAAGGAUGAAAGAUUGCUUCAAGGCAGGUACAAAUAUGCUGUCUUUCAUACUCUAUUCGCCCCCACAUACAAUGUGUAAAAGGGAUAUGCGUUGAGUGCAACUAUGGAUCUUUCCAGGAAGGUGUGUUAUUUGUAGAGGGGUUGGAAUUUCUGAUGCUUAUUACUGCAAAGAGUGUACUCAGCAGGAGAAAGAUGGAGAUGGCUGCCCGAAAAUUGUGAAUCUGGGAAGUGCCAAAACAGAUAUGUUCUAUGAACGGAAAAAGUAUGGUUUCAAGAAAAGAUGAUCUAGCAGGUCAUGUUUCGCUUAGCUUCAGGAAAUCAUUUUGUUCUAUGAACGGAAAAAAUAUGGUUUCAACAUUAGAGUUGUUAAAUGUAUAUUUCAACAAAUCAUUCUAAUGUGUACGACAAACAGAAGCACACAAAUUUACUAACGAGGAUAAAUAAUUAACAAAUAGUUUUAUUAUUGGUCACCACACAAGUUCAAAUCUCAUUGGAUUCCCCACUUCAUGCAUAAAAGAAUUGAGACUUGCUGAGUUGUUGAGGUGACAAGAAGAACCAAAUUCGUUUUAAAAGAUUGAAAGUGCUUUUAGAGAAAAUAUUUUAUUUUUUAGUUAAAAUGGUCUCUGAGAUUAACAUAACUCUUCACUUCGGUCCCUGUGAUUUACAAUCGAUAGAAAUGAUCCAUAAAAUAGCUCAUCAUCAAUCAUUAUGGUCAUUCCGUGAAAAAUCUACGUUAAAUUGAGGGUAUUUUUGUCAAACCAACCCCUCCACUUAAACUAGUGGUUUUUUCAAUUUCCCUGAGAUUUUGCGAAGAAAACCAAAAUAAUUGCCGGUUGACAAACACAUGGCCUACU